AUGCAUGCAGGCCAGCAGACGAGCUUCUGGGAAGGAUGCGCUCGCUUUCUCCGUGGAGAUGAUAAGACUCUACUUGACAAGUUUCGGGAGCGAUGCAAAGAGCAACUCGAGGAAUGCCUGAAGCGAAGGGCAAAGUCUAAGGCAGGCCCCAGGAGAGACACACUGCGGGUGGUGCUGCGGUUGCACUGUGUGGUCUACUACAACCCCAGAAACAUUGCGGACAGCUUUCACUCCCUGUUGGCGGACCGGCGCUUUCACUCCCUGUUGACGGACCCGAGCGUCCCAGGUCACAGCGAGCUCUUCCGGCGCAUAGGAGGGGACCCCUUGUGGCAGUACUUUGCAGACCUCUUCGGCAAUGACGUCGAAAAAAAUGUUGCCAGCGAGGUGCUCGGCAAAGGAGGUGCAGAAUGGCGACCACAUUUGCAAGAUCUUGUUGACGAGCGUGUUGCCCGAUAUCCACGGGUUGCCUUGCCGCUUCUUGACGCGCUUGGUCGAGCUUGGGAGCAUCAGCUGUGCAGCGACACCGACAUGGACUCAGAGGACAAGGUGAUGAAAGCGACCCCGAGAGUUCAAUCCGAUCCUCGCACGACGGAGGAGCUGCAGAGGCGCGCAAGGGCCCAGCACAAGGCGCCGAGACCUGGCCUUGGUUCAAGGCUUUCGGACUCGCGUGACAUCGAUCUGGGAGUUUCCGAAGACUAG